CUCAACUAAAAAAAAAAGUCUUUUUUCUUAAACUUAUAGUUGCAACAACAAAAUGAUACCAAGUUAUGAUCCAAACGAUACAGAGGCUGGUCUCCAGCUUCUUGAGGAUCUAACCACAAAUGCUGAUGCAAUUCAACAACAAGUUCUCCACCAAAUACUCUCUCAAAACUCAGAAACCGAAUAUCUCAGGUCGUUUCUUGAUGGAGAAUCUUGCAAUAUUCAAGAAAAUUUCAAGAACAAAGCCCCUGUGGUAAAUUAUGAAGACAUAAAGCCCUUCAUCCAACGAAUCUCUGAUGGAGACUCAUCCGAUAUCCUCUCUGCUCAACCCAUCACUGAGCUUCUCACAAGCUCGGGGACUUCGGGUGGAAAACCAAAAUUUAUGCCUUCUACAGCUGAAGAGUUGGAUAGAAAGACAUUUUUCUACAAUAUGCUUGUGCCCGUCAUGAAUAAGUUUGUGAAUGGGCUUGAUGAAGGAAAAGGAAUGUACCUUUUGUUCAUAAAACCAGAGAUCAAGACUCCUUCUGGUCUACAGGCACGUCCUGUGUUAACCAGUUACUACAAAAGUGAACAAUUCAAGAACAGGCCUUUCAACAAGUACAAUGUCAUCACUAGCCCUAACGAUGCCAUUCUUUGUGAAGACAGCCAGCAAAGCAUGUACUGUCAGCUUCUUUGCGGUUUAGUCCAGCGAUCUGAUGUCCUAAGACUCGGUGCUAUCUUCGCUUCCGCCUUUCUUCGAGCGGUCAAGUUCUUGGAGAAUCAUUUCACCGAACUGUGUGCUGACAUUAGAACCGGUACUGUCGCUAGCUGGAUCACUGACUCGGGCUGUAGAGACUCGGUUUUGUCAAUCCUUAACGGUCCUAACCAAGAACUGGCUGAUGAGAUCGAGGCUUUGUUCAAUGCGAAGUCGCGGGAAGGAAUCUUGAAAAGGAUUUGGCCUAAGACGAAGUAUAUUGAGGUGAUUGUGACCGGAUCGAUGGCUCAGUAUAUUCCGACACUCGAGUUUUAUAGCGGAGGUUUGCCUUUGGUUUCGGUUAUGUAUGCUUCCUCUGAGUGUUUCUUUGGUCUCAACAUCAAUCCUCUGUGUAAGCCAUCCGAUGUUUCUUACACACUUCUUCCUAACAUGGCUUACUUUGAGUUCUUGCCUGUUGAUGAUAAGUCUCAUGAAGAGACUCAACUUGAAUCGCGUUCUACGGAUGAUGUUUCCCUUACGGACAAAGACCGUAUUGUCGAUCUUGUCAGUGUGGAAAUUGGACGGUACUAUGAACUCAUCAUCACAACAUUCGCAGGUUUAUACAGAUACAGAGUUGGAGAUAUCCUAAAGGUGACAGGUUUCCACAACAAGGCACCCCAAUUCAGUUUCGUGGAGCGAAGAAACGUUGUGUUAAGCAUCGACACAGACAAAACCAGCUAAGAAGAUCUCAUGAAGGCAGUGACACAAGCCAAACUCAACCAUCUCCAAGGUCUCUUCUUGCUCACCGAGUACACGAGCUAUGCGGACACGUCAUCAAUCCCAGGGCAUUACGUGCUCUUCUGGGAGCUGAAGCCACGUUACGACAAUGACCCACCAAAGCUAGACAAGAAGAUGAUGGAGGACUGUUGCUCUGAGGUGGAGGAUUGUCUGGAUUACGUGUACAGGAGGUGCAGGAACAAAGAUAGAUCAAUAGGGGCUUUGGAGAUAAGAGUGGUGAGUUUGGGUACUUUUGAUGCCUUAAUGGACUUUAGCAUCUCACAAGGAUCUUCAGUGAAUCAGUACAAGACACCAAGAUGUGUUAAAUCUGGAGGAGCUCUUCAGAUUCUUGAUUCCAGAGUUAUUGGGUUCUUUACCAAGAGAGUUCCUCAGUGGGAGCCACUUGGUUUAGAUUCAUAGCUUUACUCUCUUCUCUUUACUAAGUGAAUCUUGCGCUGCGCAAUGGUUGUUGUCGUUCUUUUUAUUUUAUUUUUUGUUGAACACAAAUCGUUCUAUUUGUUUACACAAGUUUUUAAGAGGAUUUGAGAAUCCUCCAGUGCAACUAGAAAUUAGAGAACUUGAAUAAUGAUAAAGCUCAAAGUUAUGAACAAAAACUACGGUGAACCUUAAAAUUCACUUCUCCUUCUAGGACCAAUCAAAGUAUCACGUAGAUAAUUAAUUAAAAAUAUUAAAUUUUUUUAAAAGUAAUUAAAAAGGAAUAAUGCUAAUUUUAACAACGCUGACGUCGACAGCUAAACCGUAAACCCAAAAUCUUAAAUUUUCAACCCUAAACCCUAAAUCGUAAAUCUUAAACCCAAACUCUAUACCCUAAACCCAAAUUCUAGACCCUAAACCAAAAUUGUAUUCUCUAAACCCAAAUUCUAGACCUUAAAACCAAACCGUAAACCUUAAAUCCAAACCAUAUACCCUAAACCAAAUCCUAGACCAUAAAUCCAAAUUGUAUACCUUAAACCCAAAUUUUAGACUUAAAACCCAAACCGUAAACGCUAAGCCCAAAUCUUAGACUUAAAAUCCAAACCGUAAACGCUAAACCCAAACCCUAAACCUAAACGCUAUAAGGUUUGGGGUCUAGGAUUUAGGUUUAGGAUAUAUGGUUUAGGUUUAGGGUUUGUGGUUUGGGUUUAGGAUUUACAGUUUGGGUUUAAGGUAUACAAUUUGGGUUUAAGAUCUAUGAUUUGGGUUUAGGGUUUGGGUUUAGAAUUUAAGGUUUAGGGUUUAUAAAUUAAGAUUUAGGGUUUACGCUUUAGCUGGCGGCAUCAUCAUCGUUAAAAUUGACGUUAUUCUUUUCUUUUAGUUAUUUUUAAAUAAAUUUAAUAUUUUUUAAUUAAUUAUCUACGUAUCACUUUGAUUGGUCCUGAAAAGAGAAGUGAAUUUAAAGGUUGAACAUAUAUUUUGUUCCAAAGUUAUUCAUUUAAGAAUUUCAGAAGUUAUGAAAAACCCGCAAAUCAAAAGAUAUUUUUAUUUUAUUUUUCCUAAAAUAUAUUUAUUUUUAUUUUAGUAAUUCAAUGCUGGACAAAUAAAGUUUACCAACAACAUUAUUUCCUAGCUAAUAGAAAUAGAGUUAUAAGAAGAAGUCAAUCAACUUCUUCAGUUUUGCUUUCUUUAUUCUGAAGCUUUAUACUAUCUCUCUCUUGAUUCUCUUUUUUCGUAACUAUUCAAAUCUUCCUAGGAAGAGAUCCCUGCCAAGGCGUACAUUUGAUCGGUUUAAUCUUGAGAACUCAACAAAUUGUCUUUUUAAUGAUUGAUCCAACAUGAACGAGAGAUGCGAGAUUGUUAGCUAGGGGUUUAGUGGGUCGAUUUUGUGUUUCUAAGGGUCAUUUUGAUGUUCUCAACAGUGGCGGACGUACGUGCCCCCGGUUCAUUUUUUGUUUUCUUUAACCAAUUAUAUGCAAAUGCUUUCUAACUAACUCAAAUUAUAUGAUAGCGCCCCCAGCUAAUUCAAUUUCUAAGGUAGUACCCCCAGCUAUAAAUCCUCCUAGAUCCGCCACUGGUUCUCAACAUAAAAAUUAGUAUCAGAGCUCAGGGUCACGGUAACAUUUUGAGGUGGAUAAAUAAUAAAUGUAAUUGUAGAUGUGAUUUAUCUUUCUUUGUAGAAUAGAAAUAUACUGCCAUAGAUUGAUGUCUUUUAUGAGAUUAACCAGGAAGUUCUACGGAAGAAUACGAAUUCCAGCAUCAUUUAGUCCCGAGUCAAAGAGAUCAACUGAUAAGAAAAGACAAUUGACUAACCAACUGAUUUUGAAAUGAGAUAACUUUAGACAAUAUCUUCUUAUCAAAGUCUUUACCAUACUGAGGUUAUCUGUAACCUCAAGAAAUUAAUUGGAACUUGACAUCUUGGUGAAAUGACACAGAAAGAGUGUUGGUUGACAUGGUUCCUUGGAAUUUGACUCGUGCAUAUUCAAAAGUGUGAAAUCUGGUAUGUUUCUGUUGUGUUACACAUGAAGAUGAAGAUGAUGUGUACCACAUCUACGUGGACAGAAAGAAUUAUUAAGCGUGUGAUGUAGAGAGUUCUUAUCAGUUCAUCUUGAACGUGAUUAACGAACUAGAAGAUAGUCAUAUCACAAACUGGAAGAUGUGGUGAUGCUAUUUUUUAGGAAAAGGUAAAUUGCACUAUAAGAAACAUUGAAAUCAUAUAUAUCAUAGCUUAGACUUAGGGAAAAAGUUAAAUUUUUAGCGUAGUAUUCUCAUGGAGACAUAAAAAAGGUUUUAGAGUUUCAGAUCGAGGUGAGUGAACUGGAGACGUGAUCAACUGGUAUGGUCACGCAAAAGGGUAGAUUAAUAAUUGGUUUGUUUCAAGCCGUGUGUAACGUUCAGUAAUUCAGAUUAAAUAAAUAUGUGUAAGAUUGUUUAACUGAUUCUUAAUAAUAAGAGACACAUGGCUUCUAGUCCCUUGUGUUCUUCCUGGUUUUGCUUAGUAUAAACUUUUCAUUUGGUAUCAUAGCAGGUUGCCACUUGGAUUUUCUAUCCACAUACAUGUUGAGGUCCUAUGGAAGUCUUUGAAACCAUGAGAGAACUCGUAAUUCUACUGAGCCCCUACAUGUUGGAUGAAGACAGUUUGGUCAUUGGAAGGCUUGUCUGAGACAUAUAAUCCGUGGAUUAGACGAAGAUGCUUGGAAAGUGGUUUAACUCAGAUGGACUGCACCCACCAUUCACAUGGAAGUUGAUAGGUCUCAGAAUUUACCACUAUUAGGAUAUAUUGUAGGCCAUAUAUAUUUAGAGUCCUUAUUAUGUACUUUGCGUCUGUUUUAGAUUAUUUACAAGUUUAGGUGUGUUUUGGAGUACAUCGAAGAUUAUGGAGUAAAAUGGAGCUUGAAGAGAAGACAACUUGUAGUUUUGCAGAGAUGAGAGUCGAGAUAUGAUGUGAGCGUCGAUCAACGCUAGUGCGGUUUGACAAAACCGAAGAAACUUUCAAGAAACCCAUGAAUGUGUUAAACCUAUAUAUAUAUAUCUCUAUUUUACAGCCACUAUUUAGUUUAAGUUUUUUUUAGAGAGGUUUUUGGAGAGAAUAUCAGACCUCUUUUGGAGAUUGAUUAAACCUCCAAUAUUUCUUAACUUUUCUUAUUUCAUAUUAUGAUUUAUGUUUCUACAAUAAUAUCUGAGUAAUUCACUUGUUAGAUCUAGCGAUUUUCUAUGAUUUUGAUGUAUUUGAUAUUUGAUAGAUAUGAUACGGUAAUUAUUUUUAAUUAAGAAAAAAAUAAAUACUAAAUAAAUUGUGACCACUAAAAAUGUAUUCAGCAAAAAUCAGAUUUUAUAAUAUGAAAACAGAAGUUUUUAUAAAUGUUUCAUGUCAUGCACGUAAAAUAGACAAUAUAUAUGUGAAUGUAACUAUAUAUAUACUAGAUUUUGACCCGCGCUUUCAAAGUGCGAGAUUUUUUUCUUAUUUUAAAUAGACAAGUAUUUUUUAGUUAUAAGAUUAUGUGUUUAAUAGUAUAGAUACAUUUUUGUUUUUAUAUCUUAAAAAUAUUCAUAGAUGUUAUAAAUUAUUCAAAAAAAUGUAAAUUUGUCCUCAUAUAAUUAAUUUUGAAGAGUUAAACUUUUUUUAUAAUUUUAGUGGAUUAUUUUUUAAUUUACCUAACUACUAUUUUGUGAAAAAUAUUCAUAUAGCUUCCCUCUAGUUUUUAAUAUUUUAUUAAACUUAAACCUAUAAAAGAUCAAGAUUUAUCUUCAUAUUUAAUUAACAACCGAAAAUAUGUUUUGUCCAAAAAAAAAUUGUUAUGUCUUAUAAAAAUGGCAUCACCAAUAUUUGGGGAAUCUAGUUCAGCAUAUUCAAAAAUAUAUACUUGAUAGAUAUUAUGAAUCAAAAUAUAGUUAUUGAUCCAAAUAUUUGCGGAUAUCAAUUUAAUGAUGAGAAAUUCGGUGUGAUUAUUUUGGAAACGUAUAUUAUAUAUUUUCUACUUUCUGAUCAUGUUUUAAAUGAAAUUUAGAUUGUUUCCAAAGUUAAUAUCUAUCUUUACUACUCCUUCUCUGUUUUCGAAAGUAAGAUUUUCUAGAGUUUUCAUGUUUAUUAAGAAUAUAAUAAAUGUUUACAAUUGAAUUUACAAUUUAUUUUUCAAUACACUUUCCAAUAACUAUUCACCAAUAAAAUUUAAUCAUUUCAAAUAUUCACAAUUAAUGUUUCUCAAAAGUAUAGAAAAUUUAUUUUUGUAGAAGAAGAAUAAAAUCUAGAAAAUCUUAAUUUCGGGAACGGAGGAAGUAUUAACCUAAACCUAGAAGAAUAUUCGUAGUCUUUAUAUACUAUUAUAUAUUGUGUUUUCCCUAUAUUUUAUCAUACAAAUCAUUUAUUCUCCUUGUAUUAGAUAUUUUAGUUAUCUAUUAAAAAAAUAAUGGAUUUAGAUGAGAAACUUAACAUAAUAUCCACUUAGAGUAUAAUUUGCAAAAAGAAAAACUAUAUGCAUUACAAUGUACAGUUUUGAUAUAUGAUGUGAACGCAUACACAUACAGGAUAGCACGUAUAGUACACAUUUGUAAGUCUUGAAAAUUUUAAGGGCAAAAUGACUAUAUGCAUUACAAUAUACGGUUUUGUUUCUUGGUAAUGAAAGCUUAGACACAUUUGUAAUGCCUAAAUGCGAAAGAGAAGUGUGUAUGAACCUAACAUUGCUGUGGAGAAGUGUUUAUUUAAGCUAAUGAAUUACUUUUGUAGUUGAUGGUCAAACUCAAUAACAAUCCGAUUGGUUUUGAAACUUAUGUAGGUUAUGGACUUGUGGUGAAAGCAUUCACGAACUGAGAUCCUAUAUGUUUAAGUGUGUCUUGCACAGGGCUGUACGUAUAUGACUUGAGAUAGUACACUUAAUAUGGGCCCACAAAUUAUAUCUUAUUGGUCCGGUUAUUGCAGAGAAUACGUUUGAUUUUUUCUUUGGAAUAUUCUUUUAUUUAUUUUUUAAGAAAGAAAAAAAGUCAGUGGCAUUAUAAUGUAAUUAUUUCUAAAAAAAAUAAGGGCAAAAUACUAAGAAUGAUUAUGUUUUAAUAGUAUAGAAUAUAAUAUAUAUAUAUAUAUAUAUAUAUAUUAUAUGUAUAUAUUUUUUCAAAAUAUUAUUAUUGCAAUGGUGAAACCAGGUUGAGCCAUGACUCAUGUAUAUUGCUGGUUUCAUCAUCCGGUGCGGUUUCCAAAACAUAACCCAUCCAUGGCUUUUUCACAUACUCUCACGAAAGCUAUGUUUCUCAUCUCACUUGUGGAAACUCAGUUCUGAAAACUUAGUUGGACCCUUAGCUCUGGUAGCUAAUAGCAUUGCCGCUUGAUUCUCUGGUGCCCUUUUGCAGCUGCAUCGUCUCAUAGCUUUGACACAGCAAGAACACAUGCAGAGCGUGUGAUAUUGCCAGAAGCUAAAAGAACAUCCAUCCAUGGCCUUUUUUCACAUUAUCUUACAAAUAUGUUUCUUAUCCUCAUGUUUGGUUUCCAUCCUACAGACGGGAACUUAUCUCUGUUGCAGUUACAGUUAUGGUCGGAAGCCGUCAAUUUAUUGAUUCACAAGUGAUAAUGGUGAUUUGUAAAAAUGCGAAACAUUUGUGCAGCUAUGAGUCAAUUAAUCUUCUUUCGAGUCAGGUUGACAUUAACAGACAAAUAAUUACAAAAUAAUUGGUCGUUGUAUACAAAUUCAGUAACUGAUCAGCAUUAACAAAAGCCACGCAUUUGCUGGUUUUGUUUACAGAACCAAACACAAGCUUUAGAAUCAAACACAACCUGAGUGACUAAUGUUCCUGAUCCUUUUCUAACCGAGAUUUAACCAAUCAAUAUGAACUAACAUUUUGUAAACUUAAGCAGAUCAUUCAAAGGAAAUGAACAUGUAAAUAAUCAAAAUUAAAAAAAAAAAUUCCGAGAAAAGAUCUUUCAUCUUCCAAAACAAGAUCAACAU